AUGUCGACAAAAAGCUGGACAGGGCUCGCUGAAGAAGAGCUUCUCCAUGAAUUGGGAAAAGCUGUGGAUAUAUCUGAGAGUGCAAAUUAUUGCUGCGGUGGUAGCAUUCCUAUCGCAGCCCCUGACGAUUCGUCUUCCAACCAGAAAGAGCCCACAGAAGGCAAUUCUCGAUUAGAUUUCGACCAAGCGUUUCAACAACAAGUACCCCCGGUCGUGCUUCGCUGGGACCCCAAGCCAGGAAAUGUAUGCGAGAAGAUAGUAUUCCCUGUUUCCACGACUUCCAAGUCAAUGGAAGCGCUCCUUCAGACCUGUGUCCCGGCGUCGUUUGGUCUCGGAGGAAAGGAUGUGCUUGAUGAAACAUAUCGUAAAGCCGGAAAGCUCGAUAGAAGCCAGUUUUCCACCGACUUCCAUCCGCAUGACUAUGGAAUCCUUGAUAUCAUUGCUCAAACAUUACUACAGGAUGUUUUUCAGAAAGACUUUUUGCGGAACAGGAGGGAUCAUCGAGGUGUGCUUGCCGAAUUAUACAAGCUCAAUAUCUAUUCUGGCCCCAGCGGAAAAUUUAAAGCACAUGUGGACACGCCACGUGGCACGAGACAGUUUGGUUCUCUAGUCGUCUGUCUUCCAUAUUCUCAUCAAGGUGGACAAUUGCGCGUCACCCACAGAGGCUCUAACACUUUCUUUGAUUGGAGCAACAAAUCGGACAGCAUCCAAUGGGCUGCGUUCUAUAGUGACUGCGAGCACGAGGUACACGAAGUCACGAGUGGUCAUCGUGUGACAUUGACCUAUAAUCUCUAUAUCUCGCAGCAAAUUGGUAUCCCCUUACAAAAGAACCCGGUAGCAGAUCCGACCUUGUCGCCGUUAUAUGAAGUUGCGAGAAAUGUUUUGGACCAACCUGGUUUUAUGAAAAGAGGUAUGUACAUUAUUGUUCUACCAUGUCGGAAGGUAUCGUUGACGUGUUGUUAG